UAUUAGUUAGGAUGAAGUCUCAACUGCAGCAGGAAAUCCAUUUCGAUGAAAUGAUCAGUCACCAUGAAAAUCCCUCCCUCGCCAACAUCCUUCCCCGCCACGGCUCCCAUAGUUCCCAAGUUUCUGGUGACGUACUCACACCUGAAGAUGAUCAAGAUGUACUAACCAUAAAAGCUGUGCUUACGGUCAUAGCAACAGCGGGAGGCUUCCUAUCCACUCUAGGGAUCACUCGCCACCUCGAGGACUUGCUAGGCAAAACCUUUCUGCUGGAGCUAGUUAGCACCGAGCUUGAUUCCGAGACGGGAACAGAGAAGGAAGCGAUCAAAGGGAAGCUGCGGAGAGUGAGGAGAAACGUCAAGGAGAUUAUAUAUGAGACCCGAUUCACCAUCCGACCCGGUUUCGGAGAGAUUGGGGCUGUUCUCCUUCAGAAUCUGCACUGCCGUGAGGCUUACAUCCAGACCAUCCACCUCACCGGCUUCCCGAAUGGCUCCACUGUCACCCUUCUCUGUACCUCAUGGGUUCAUCCCAACCAUCUUAAUGCACAGAAGAGAGUCUUCUUCACCAACAAGUCUUAUUUGCCAUCAGAGACUCCAAGUGGGUUGAAGAGGCUAAGAGAAAUGGAACGGCAAAUUUUGCGAGGAAAUGGAGAGGGUGGGAGGAAAAAAUCAGACAGGAUUUAUGAUUAUGAUAAAUACAAUGAUCUCGGAGAUCCAGACAACAAUCUGACUAGGCCAGUCCUGGGAGGCACAGAGCUUCCAUACCCUAGACGUUGCAGAACAGGACGUCCGCACACUAAAACUGACCCAUUAUCUGAAGAAACAAGUAGUGAUAUUUAUAUACCAAGAGAUGAAGCAUUUUCAGAGGUGAAACAUCUGACUUUCUCUGGAAAGACAAUAAAGUCUGUGCUGCACGCUUUGCUCCCUCAGCUUAAGGCAGCACUCAUUGAUCAGGAUUUAGGAUUCCCACUCUUCACAGAAAUAGAUUCACUGUUUAAUGAAGGAAUUACAUUGCCUAAGCCCAACACAAUUGGGUUUUUUAGGUCAGUCAUUUUAAAGAUAGUGAAGACCGUCUGUGAUGGGAAGAAGGAUAUUUUUCUCUUUGAGACCCCUGCAAUGCUUGACCGUGAUAAAUUUUCAUGGUUCAGAGAUGAAGAAUUUUCUCGGCAAACUCUAGCCGGUCUUAAUCCAUUUAGUAUUGAACUGGUCAAGGAAUGGCCACUGAAAAGUAAACUUGAUCCUGAGAUUUACGGCUCAGUUGAAUCACUGAUCACAACUGAACUGGUGGAGAAAGAGAUUAAGGGCUUCAUGACUGUAAAUGAGGCCUUGGAGAAAAAGAAGUUGUUUCUUUUGGAUUAUCAUGACCUGCUCAUUCCUUUAGUGAACAUAGUGAGAGAAAUUGAAGGGACCACAUUGUAUGGUUCUCGGACACUAUUCUUUCUUACUGAGAAUGGUUGUCUGAGGCCUAUUGCUAUUGAGCUUACUCGGCCACCACUUGAUGACAAGCCACAAUGGAAGCAAGUCUUCAUCCCUUGCUGGGAUGCCACAGGUGUCUGGCUCUGGAGGCUUGCUAAAGCUCAUGUCUGUGCUCAUGACUCUGGCUAUCAUCAGCUUGUGAUCCACUGGUUGCGGACUCAUUGUGUGACAGAGGCAUACAUAAUUGCAGCUAAUCGGCAAAUGAGUGCUAUGCAUCCCAUCUAUAGACUUCUUUGUCCACAUUUUCGGUUUACCAUGGAAAUCAAUGCUCAGGCUCGAGAAAGCCUUCUCAAUGCAGACGGAGUCAUAGAGAGUUGUUUUUCACCAGGAAAGUACUCUAUGGAGCUCAGUUCUGCUGCCUAUGACAAACUCUGGCGCUUUGACAUGGAAUCUUUGCCAGCAGAUCUGAUAAGAAGGGGAAUGGCAGUUGAGGAUCCUACAGCCAAACAUGGUCUCAAGCUAACAAUCGAAGACUACCCUUUUGCAAAUGAUGGUCUUAUUCUUUGGGAUGCCAUUAAGAAGUGGGUAGGAGACUAUGUAAACCACUACUACCAAGAUGCUAGUGUUGUUGAAUGUGAUCAGGAACUUCAGGAUUGGUGGACAGAAGUUAGAACCAAAGGCCAUGAAGAUAAACAAGAUGAGCCAUGGUGGCCUGUACUGAAAACCCCAGAAGAUCUCAUUCAUGUUUUGACAACAAUAAUUUGGGUGGCAUCUGGUCAUCAUGCAGCAGUGAACUUUGGACAGUACACAUAUGCUGGAUACUUUCCUAACAGACCUACAAUAGCUCGGACCAUCAUGCCAUGUGAAGAUCCAUCCAAUGAGAGUUUUAAAGCAUUUCUGGCGAAACCCGAAACUACUCUGCUAAAAUGCUUUCCUUCAAAGAUUCAAGCAACAACAGUGAUGGCUGUGUUAGAUGUAUUAUCAGAACAUUCACCUGAUGAGGAGUAUAUUGGUGAGAUUUCGGAGCCAUCUUGGACUGAAAAUCCUGUUAUAAAGGAUGCAUUCGGGUUCUUCAAAGACAGUUUAAAAGAGCUAGAAAAAGUUAUUGAUGAGAGGAAUGGCGAUACGAAUCUGAGAAACAGAGUUGGAGCAGGGGUCGUUCCAUAUGAGCUGCUGAAACCGUUCUCAAAACCCGGGGUCACAGGAAUGGGAGUCCCUAAUAGCAUCUCCAUCUAGAUUUUAUUCUAUGACUCAUUUGAUUAUGGAGAACUUGUGUCUUUAGUUAUCCUUGUAAAGGGUGUUAUCUAAAGUUCUAAACUAUGGAUCAACACUGCACCAGUAUAUAUGUUUGGGUGUUAUAUAAUGCAGGCCGGACUAAUUAUUCAAUAUUAUGAUUGGGUUUGUCAUAUAAAUGAAAGAUUGCAGUAUCUUGAAGAAAGAUUUGGAUGAAGGAAUAAAACGCAUUCCGCCUGUUCAUUGA